CUGCCAUUAAAAAUCAAAAGAAGAACAACAGUCUGCGCUUCUGAACAAAAAUAGACAGUCGAAGGGGCUGAGCAGCUGACAUCAACCAGAAAUGGCUGCCACCGGAGUUCUUCCCUUCAUAAGGGGGGUAGACCUCAGUGGAAACGACUUCAAAGGUGGGUACUUCCCAGAGCAUGUGAAGUGUAUGAGCAGUCUGCGAUGGCUGAAACUGAACAGGACGGGACUGUGUUACCUCCCAGAGGAGCUGGCCUCUCUGCAGAAGCUGGAGCAUCUGUCAGUGAGUCACAACAGCCUGACCACCUUACACGGAGAACUGUCCAGCUUACCAAACCUACGGGCGGUGGUGGCCAGGGCCAACAACUUGAAAAACUCUGGAGUCCCAGAUGACAUUUUUCAGCUAGAUGACCUCUCUGUGCUGGACCUGAGCUACAAUCAGCUAACCGAGAUCCCCAGAGACCUUGAAAACAGCAGAAACAUGCUGGUGCUGAAUUUGAGCCACAACAGCAUCGACUCCAUCCCCAACCAGCUGUUCAUCAACCUGACAGACUUGCUGUAUCUGGACCUGAGUGACAAUAAGCUGGACAGCCUGCCGCCCCAGAUGAGACGCCUUGUUCACCUGCAGACACUCAUCCUGAACAACAACCCGUUGAUGCAUGCCCAAUUACGCCAGUUGCCAGCAAUGGUGGCUUUACAGACUCUCCACCUGAGGAACACCCAGAGGACCCAGAGCAACAUGCCCACCAGCCUGGAGGGACUGACACAUUUAGCAGACGUUGACCUGUCCUGUAAUGACCUAACUCGGGUGCCAGAGUGCCUCUAUUCAAUGGGCAGCUUGAAGAGACUCAACCUGAGUAGUAAUCAGAUCUCAGAACUGUCCCUCUGCAUCGACCAGUGGACUCAGCUAGAGACACUUAACCUGAGCCGCAACCAGCUCACCUCACUGCCUUCUGCAAUCUGUAAGCUGUCCAAACUGAAAAAGCUGUAUGUAAACUCUAACAAACUGGACUUUGACGGGGUUCCACCAGGCGUUGGCAAACUGUCCAACCUCACUGAGUUCAUGGCCGCUAACAACAACCUGGAACUUAUCCCUGAGGGCCUCUGCAGGUGUGGCAAGCUGAAGAAGCUGGUGCUGAAUAAAAACCGCCUGGUAACGCUACCUGAGGCCAUCCACUUCUUGACUGAUUUAGAGAUUCUGGAUGUGCGUGAGAACCCCAACCUGGUGAUGCCUCCCAAACCAGUCGACAGAGGAGCAGAGUGGUACAACAUUGACUUCUCCCUUCAGAACCAGCUCCGUCUGGCCGGGGCCUCGCCUGCUAGUGUAGCUGCUGCUGGAGGAGGAGCCAGCCCCCGAGAUCCCCUGGCGAGGAAGAUGAGGCUAAGGAGGAGGAAGGACUCUUCUCAGGACGAUCAGGCGAAGCAGGUGCUCAAGGGCAUGAGUGACGUUGCACAGGAGAAGAAGAACUUGGAGGAAAACGGGGAUUUGAAAUAUGGUGACCUAAAGAUCCGGCGCUGGGACAAGAGUCUAGAGAAACCUCAUCUGGACUACUCUGAGUUCUUUAUGGAGGACGUGGGCCAGGUUCCAGGUCUUACAGUGUGGCAGAUAGAGAACUUUGUUCCCAUGCAAGUGGAAGAAGCUUUCCACGGCAAGUUCUAUGAGGCUGAUUGCUACAUCAUCCUCAAGACAUUCCUGGAUGACAACGGCUCGUUGAACUGGCACAUCUUCUACUGGAUCGGCCAGGAGGCCACUCUGGACAAGAAGGCUGGCUCUGCCAUCCACGCCGUCAACCUCAGAAAUUACCUUGGAGCGGAGUGCAGGACGAUACGGGAAGAGAUGGGAGACGAGAGCGAGGAGUUCAGUGCCGUGUUUAAUAAUGAGAUCUCCUACAUUGAGGGUGGAACAGCCAGUGGAUUCUACACUGUGGAGGACACGCACUAUACUGUCAGGUUGUACAGAGUUUACGGCAAGAAAAACAUCAGACUGGAGUCUGUGCCUGUGAAGGCCUCCUCCCUCGACCCUCGCUAUGUCUUCCUGUUGGACACAGGGCUGGAAAUCUUUAUCUGGAGAGGAGCCAACGCUACCCUUAGCAGCACCACAAAGGCCAGGUUAUUUUCAGAAAAGAUAAAUAAGAACGAGCGUAAGGGGAAGGCAGAGAUCACGACCCUCGCACAGAACCAGGAGCCUCCGGAGUUCUGGGAGGCGUUGGGAGGACAACCAGAAGAGAUCAAGAAACACGUACCAGAUGACUUUUCUCCUGUCAAACCUAAACUAUACAAGGUGGGCUUGGGUCUCGGUUACCUGGAGCUGCCACAGAUUAACUACAGGCUGUCGGUCGAGCACAAAGACCGCAAGAUCAAACUGGACACCCUGCCAGAGAUGAGACUGGUGCAGUCCCUGCUGGACACAAAGUGCGUAUACAUCUUGGACUGCUGGUCUGAUGUGUUCAUCUGGAUCGGGCGGAAGUCUCCACGUCUCGUCCGUGCUGCUGCCUUAAAACUGGGUCAGGAGAUCUGCUCCAUGCUGCACCGGCCCAAACACGCCAGUGUCACACGCAACCUGGAGGGCACAGAGUGUCAGGUGUUUAAGUCCAAGUUUAAGAACUGGGAUGAUGUGCUGAAGGUGGACUACACCAGAGCAGCUGAGACUGUUCAGCAGAAGGACAACCUACAGGGCAAGGUGAAGAAGGACGCUGAGCAGAAAGACCAGAUGAAAGCUGACCUCACAGCUCUCUUCCUUCCCAGGCAGCCAGCUAUGGCCCUCACUGAGGCUGAACAGCUGAUGGAGGAGUGGAAUGAGGACCUGGAUGGCAUGGAAGGAUUUGUGUUGGAGGGAAAGAAGUUUGCUCGCCUGCCUGAAGAGGAGUUUGGCCACUUCCACACGCAGGACUGCUACGUCUUCCUCUGCAGAUACUGGGUGCCUGUGGAGUAUGAAGACGAGGAGGACAAGAAGAAGGAGGGCGAAGGUGGUGAAGGACAAAAAGCAGAGGAUGAGGAGGACAAACAGCCUGAGGAGGACUUCCAGUGUGUAGUGUACUUCUGGCAGGGCAGACAGGCCUCCAACAUGGGCUGGCUCACAUUCACCUUCUCCCUUCAGAAGAAGUUUGAGAGUCUCUUCCCUGGAAAACUGAAGGUGGUGCGUAUGACCCAGCAGCAGGAGAACCUCAAGUUCCUGUCUCAUUUCAAGAGGAAGUUCAUCAUCCACAAAGGGAAGAGGAAACAGAAGAUUGACUCUGCUCAGCCCUCCCUCUACCAAAUACGCACCAAUGGCAGCGCACUUUGCACCAGGACCAUCCAGAUUGGAACAGAUUCCAGCAAUCUCAACUCAGAGUUUUGCUUCAUUCUCAAGGUUCCAUUUGAAAGCACAGACAAUCAGGGCAUCGUUUACACCUGGGUGGGUAGAGCUGGUGACCCCGACGAGGCCAAACUGGCCGAGGACAUCAUGAACUGCAUGUUCGACGACACAUACAGCAAACAGGUAAUUAAUGAAGGGGAGGAGCCAGAGAACUUCUUUUGGGUCGGGAUUGGUUCUCAGAAGCAGUACGAUGAAGAUGCAGAUUAUAUGAAACAUGCUCGGCUCUUCAGGUGUUCGAAUGAGAAGGGUUAUUUCUCUGUGUCGGAGAAGUGCUCAGACUUCUGUCAGGACGACUUGGCUGAUGAUGACAUCAUGUUGCUGGACAACGGCAAAGAGGUGUACAUGUGGGUCGGUACUCAGACCAGCCAGGUGGAGAUCAAACUUAGUCUCAAAGCCUGCCAGGUUUACAUUCAGCACAUGCGCUCUAAGGACCCUGAACACCCCAGGAAGCUGCGACUGGUGCGGAAGGGAAACGAGCCCCACUGCUUCACGCGCUGCUUCCACGCCUGGGGAGCAUUCAAAACUCCACCCGCAUAGACAAACACACUCUGAGUCACACAGAUGCAAAGAAACGCUCACAAAUACGUGAAAAUGAUUCGCUAUUCGCCAUGCAAUUUUCUACCAGUAAGAUGAUGUCUAUGCCUAAACCCAGCUUUAUCUGAGCUCUGAUUCCUUCCCUCCAUCCUGCUCAGCACUGCUGUUCAACAGCCUCUUGACCAACAGGUUACUGUCAGUCUGCCUACAAAAACAUAAAAUCUGGACAGAUUUAAGUUUAGCACAACAAUCAGUGAAAGUUAUUCUGGCCAAGAAGCUGUUGGCUGUUUCCUGUCUAUGGAAACAAACGGCAAAUUAUCACUUUUUUUCUAUACGCUUUUUUUAGCUGCAAGUCUGAAUACUGUUGUCAAAUGAAAGAAGAGAAUUAUGUUUUGAGAUAAAAUAGGUCUAAGGUGUACAGAGGCUUUAUAAAAACCCAAAGGGAGGCGAAUUUCCUAACAUAUCGAUCUGUUUUGCUGCUUUCAGGUGGCUUGUGCUGCAUGGUCAGUAGGUUUCAGUGGAGCUGACUAAAGUGCUCAUUACUACAGGGGUCACCCACAUCUCCAUGCUUGGUGCCAUUUUGCACAGCUCAUUUGACUCUGUAAAAUCAAGCUUUUGCUGCCCUAAACUGUUUGUAUUGGGGUUUUUUUUCAUCAUUGAGGGACUGAACAGAAAACAGCACUAUAAUUGUUUUUCUGAGGAAUUUUGGUUAAUACAUACUUUUCUGUUGUGCGGACUAUACAUGGUAUGUUUGUGUUUUCCCCCAUGCGCCUUCAUUGAAAUGGGGACUGCCCCUUUCCCACAGUCCACGUGGUCACUGUUCUCACCUCCUCUAACUUGUGCACUGAUCUGAGUGGAUCUGUUUCAAUCUAACGAAAUAUGAUUUUCAUGUAAAGAUGCUUUGGACAGUUAUUUGCUUUUGCCAUGAGAAGGUUAAACAGUUACAAUUUAUUUGGCCAAAGCAGUCUUGAGUAGAGAUCAGGGUGCAAGUUAUAGAUCGUGAGACAGAGCCUUGUUUUAUGUGUAACUUUAGGGACAGAUGUUUAAAAGUGCGCUCAGUAGAGCCCAGGAGACUACUGAAGCUAAUGUACUGUAUUCUUCUGUUACAGGCUGCAUUCAACUUGUCAAAUGUUUAUUUUCUAAGGAUAAGAAGAAGAGUUUCCGAAAUUUUGUGUUAUCAUUUUUGAAAAAGCAAAUUAGACAAUUUAGUCAGACAUUUAUUUUCAAGUGUUGCUUUCUUUUUCAAAUAGGUUUCUUGUUCUGGAACAAAACACUUCACACACAUUUUAAUGGGAGAUAUUUUGAGUGUCAUCCUAAUAAAUAUAGUGGCCUCUGGUUCCUCUGGUCUGAAAUCAGUAAUUUGUUUGUAUGCAGAUGAGUUAUGAUCAGUUUAACCAGUGCUAGAUCAGUGCCUCCAGGGUCAGCAAGAACUGCUGCAGUGCUUGUGAUCAUGUGACCUGUGUUGUCCAAGCAAGAUUAUCUGUAUUCCCAAAUGGCUUAAACUACCAUUUGUUUCUUUAUUUUGUGGGGUGAAUUGUAUGCCUGGUAGUGUGUUUGAGUCUUUUGCCCAUGUAUGUGUGUAUAUAUGAGUAUGUAAUAUGCACAUGCGCCUGAUGCCACCUGCAGAUGCUUUAUUUAUGUAUUUUAUAUAAAAAUGUCACAUCACAAAUUAAACAAACGUAAUA